UCGAUCACUACUCAAAAUGGCUGCCAAGCUGAGUAACCUCAAGUGGCCUCCUCUCGUUGCCCUGCUUGUCCUCCUCGCCGGCAUGGUUGGCAUCACCUUUGCCGGCAACAUGGCCAUGUACUGGGGCCAGAACGGCGAUGCGGCCACCAUGGCCGACGUCUGCAACUCCGGCCUCUACACCUUUGUCCUCCUCCCGCGCCUCAACACCACCGGCAUCCUUCGGGCCAAUCGCACCGACCUCAGCGCCGACAUCCAGGCCUGCCAAUCGCUGGACGUCAAAGUGCUCCUAUCCGUCGGCGGCGGCAGCUCCUCCGCCAUCAGCGUCCAGGCUCAGACCGUGGACAGUAAGUACCUGUGGCACAACUUCCUGGGCGGCAACUCAUCGUCCCGCCCGCUCGGCAACGCCGUCCUGGACGGCAUCAACUUCGACACCGAGACUGGCGACGUUGCGCGCUAUGAAGCGCUGGCCAACUCCCUGUCACAGCUCAGUGCCCAAGGCCAUGGCCGGAAGCUGUACCUGACGGCGGCGCCACAACGUCCGUACCCAGCUGCUGUCAAGAUAGCUAACCUGCACAACUUUCCUGAGAGCUCUUUGUAUGUCUAUCGCCAGACGAACUACAAUGCAAACCAGCAUGAUCCUUCACAAUUUGGGUUUGCGACAAGGCUGGAGAAGGGGUACUAGGCAUAUACACGAUGUUGGAGACAGGUACACUUGGUUAUGAUCGAAUGAACUGUGUGAUCGAUAUAUAUACUAUCAUAUAGAUAAAAAAGGGACAACUGAAUAACGUCGUUGAGUCGCUAUGAACUCAGAACGAUCUUAUAUAUAUAAUUAGCUUAUAGCAAAUGUACACCAUGUAUAACA